AUGGCGACCGCGCCAUCGUCGCAGGUGCGUCAGAACUACCAGCAGGAGUGCGAAGCCGCCAUCAACCGGCAGAUCAUCCUGGAGCUCUACGCGUCCUACGUGUACCUCUCCAUGGCCUACCACUUCGACCGCGACGACUUGGCCCUGAAGAACUUCGCCACGUACUUCCUGCGCCAGUCAGGCGAGAAGCGCAAGCACGCGGAGAUGCUGCUGAAGCUGCAGAACCAGCGCGGGGGCCGCAUCCAGCUCCGCGACAUCAGGAGGUGUACAACUGAUUGA